AACAGUGCUAUGCUUUUGAGGCUGCAAUUGGGAAGGUGUCCUCCAUCUUCGUCGUUGGCUUUAUCCUCAUCGUUUUCUUUCAAGUGAGAGCGUAAAAGCCAUACGGAGCGUAGCGCUUCCAAUGGGGUCAGUAUGAACAGGAAAGUGUUCUUAGCGACAAACGAAACGAGAAGCUAAGAACGCAUGCCUAAAUUAGCUCAGGAAGCGGAUAACUUGCUGGUAAGCGGCUAACGGGUCACUUCCAGGGGAUAAUAGAUCGCCGACUGGUGUCCCGAAGACUCAUCAGAAAACUGGUCGACUCUCAUGGCAGCGCGGAAACUCGCAGCCCUCUUCGCCGCGGUCCUGCAACUUUGCUUAUGCCAAAUCACCCCCGAAGUUUUGCCCGAGUUCUUAGCUCCUUUAGAAAAUCACACGGUGAUCCAAGGUCGUGACGUCUUCUUCACCUGCGUCGUUAAUCAUCUGCAGUCGUACAAGGUAGCCUGGAUAAAGUCGGAUUCUCGAGCGAUUCUGGCGAUCCACACGCACAUGGUGGCGCACAAUAGCCGACUAUCCGUCACGCACAACGGGCACAACACGUGGAAACUGCACGUGUCGAAUGUCCAGAAGAACGACUCUGGUACCUACAUGUGUCAAGUCAAUACCGACCCUAUGCGCAGUCAGAUGGGAUAUAUGGAAGUAGUGAUACCGCCCGACAUAAUGGAUGACGAGUCCGCAGAUGGUAUGGUCACUCAUGAAGGAGGCAAUAUAAGAUUGCGAUGCGUCGCCACUGGUUCGCCGAAGCCUAUUGUCACUUGGAAACGAGAAGACGGUCGUAAUAUUAUCCUUAGAGAGGAUGGGCAGAAACAAUCUCUGAAAACCUUCGUCGGUGAGACGCUGGAACUGACGGGAGUGCUUCGGCAAGAGAUGGGCACGUAUCUCUGCAUAGCCAGCAACAAUGUGCCACCGACGGUCAGCAAGCGUUACUCCGUCGAUGUUCACUUUUCACCUCUUAUUAAAGUGACAAAUCAAUUAGUGGCCGCGCCGAUUAAUAGCGACGUCGUGCUGCAAUGUUACGUCGAAGCGUCGCCGCAUGCUAUGAAUACUUGGUACAGAGAUGCAGGCGAGAAACUGCUGCCCAGUGACAAAUACGUAAUGACGGAGCAACCGUUGAACGAGUAUUCCUGGCAAAUGAAUCUCACUGUCAAUUCUCUGGAAAAACGGGACUUUGGUGGAUACGUGUGCUCGUCCGUCAACGCGCUCGGGAAGUACGACGGCGUAGUUCGGUUGCAAGAACUACACCUUUCUGCAAAGACGACACCGACGACUCUCAUGAAGAACACGGAUAUUAGGCAGCGUAAGAAGCCAGUAGUGAAGGGUAAAAAAAAGAACAACAGCAGCGGCAGGCGAGGACACGCAGGCGGCUUCGAGGAAGGUGAUUCCGUCAACAGCGAUGAUGAUUUCGGUACCACGCAGAUUAUGACCGGUAGCACUCAAGAGGGCCAAAGAACGGACAGGCCCGUCGUGCCUUCCUUACCGCCACCGCCUUGGGUCACCGUAAAUGCCGCGAAUCUCAGGCAUCCCUCGGUGUCCGCGAUUUUGCUUUUGCUUCUUCUGCCGACCACCUUGUAAGACGAUGGCAAAGAGCUUCAGAAAUAAACGGUGAUUAUGAGAGAAACUGCGAUUAUAAAGAUCCACGAGUCGGACCGAAGAACAAUAAAUUUAAAAGAUCUCGAUCCUGCACGACACAGGUAGAAGAAUUAACAUUUGAUCAAUUAUAACGUUGAUUUAAAGUUUCAAGCACUGACUUCUUGAAAUUUUUUAAA